AAGUAUUUUAACAAUGGGCUUAAAACGGUCGUUUUAGAGCAUUUAUGUAAAUGCUGGAUAGAAUACCAUGUGAUGAAUAGACCUUCACAAUAGGUAUUGACACUGCUACAAUUACUGUUAGUUUGGAUUUGGAAGGAAAUUACCAAACAUGUUAUGAAUUUUUUCAUAAGAAUCUGAUAGUAUACAUGUCUUAUUUCUGAAUGUAGAAUUUGUUAUGUGCUUAGUGUUCAUAUACCAUAAAAUAUUGUGAAAUAAAAUGAUUUGAUUGUUAUCCAUACUUUGGUACUUGGUACUAAAAUUAUCUACACAAUCAAAAGCAUACAAAAGAACUUGUACCUUUAAAUGACAAGUUUGUGGUAGAUUUUGAAAUGGAGUUACUACUUAAAGUGACUGAGUGUGCGUGACUGCAAAACAUGUUAAUUAUGAGAAAAAAUAUUCUUGGUAAAAUCAAAGGAGGAUUUUUGGAAUUAUCAUGCCUGAUGUGUUCUGGUUUAAAAUUUCACUAGAAUUGAUCUGUGGUUCUCCGAGAUACAGUUACGGAAUCAAUGUGUCAUAGUCAUGUUUCUAGUUAUUCUUAUAUUACCUAAUAUAACUGGGUUAUGGUGUUCAAAUCACUUAUCUGAAUAAAGAUGUGACAACAACUCACCGCAUCUGUUAAGGUUGGACUUAUUACAAGUUACCCUAGAAAAACAAUAAAUAUACACCAUUUUGAAAACAAAAAUUAUGAUUUGAAAAUAGAAACUGUAGGAUAUUUAUAAGUGAAAGAUUUGUAAUGUCAUAGAAAGGAUAAGCUGCAUAUAAAAAUAUGAAUAAGAUAGAAACAAAGUUAAAGGCGCUGACGUUAAGUCUCAAAUAUGGUGAACAUGUGCAGAAAGGAAAGCAGUUUGUUGCAAAAUGUGUUUUCAGAGGUGUCUCCCACUACACGAAGGUUGUCGAUUGCAACGAUGACAGCGUGUGGUUUGAUGAGACGUUCCAGUGGCCCGUGGCCCGACCCAUCGAGAAGGAUGAAUAUAUCGACAUUCAGUUAUACAGCUACAAUAAGUACCUCAGCAAUAGACUAGUUGGAUUGUUCCGGAUGAUCCUACAGCAGCUUGUGGAGGUCGGCAGUGUGAAGGUGUCUGAUUCUCUCCUCGACACCAACAAUGUGGUCAUGAAGACAACACUGACUUUUGAGCUGACAUACAAUGCCCCUGAUGGGUCAGUUGGCAUGUGGCAACGAGGAGGGUUUGAACCAAUCAAAAGUGAUGAACUCAGGGGCAUCCUAACAGAGGAAGAACGCAACCAGCUAAAUAUAGAGAGACGGGCGAGUAAUGUCAGUGGUCGAAGUCGCAGCACGAAUGGCACAAUUGAAAAUGAGGAUGAUGAGAAGAUGUCAUUACACUCAAGUGGUGGGAAGUCAAUGGCAUCAUCGAGACUCAGUAUUGCAUCAAAAACCUCAGGAGCUAAAUCACCGAAAACUAUGAAGCAGAUUACAACUGUGAUGAAGUUUAUGCUUGCAAAACAGAAGGCAACUGGGAUGGAGGUUGAAGAUAAGGAGGCCCUCAUUGAAGACUUGGAUGCAGACGAGAGCCUGGAUGCGAAGGCUGCAGAGGUUGCGUCAAUGCUGUCAGGGGCCGCGCACGAUAAGGAAGAAUCAUAUGACCGUGACAGUGAUGGGUCCUCCAUACUCCAACAGACGGGCAUAAAGAGGAAGGCCAAGUCCCAGAACGUUGAGCUAUUAUCCCUGAAGGCGCAGGAUUUCCAGGUGUGUGUCACGGUGAUUGAGGCCCGACAGCUCGCGGGACUCAAUAUGGACCCGGUUGUCUGCGUGCAGGUCGGAGACCAGAAGAAAUACACCAGUGUGAAAGAGUCCACCAACUGUCCAUACUAUAACGAGUACUUUGUGUUUGAUUUCCAUAUGGCUCCUGCAAUGCUGUUUGACAAAAUCAUCACUCUCACGGCAAUGCAUUCCCGAAAUUUGCUGAGUUCUGGAAAGAAGAUUGGGGUGUAUAAGUUUGAUGUUGGAACUGUAUAUUCCAUGCCCGACCACCAGUUUUAUCACAAGUGGGCCAUGCUGAUGGACCCAGAUGACAUGAGUGCUGGGGUCAAGGGCUACCUCAAGUGUGACAUUGCUGUCAUUGGCAAGGGUGACUCUGUCAAGGUUCCUCCAAGAACAGACAAAGAUGAUGACGAUAUUGAAGCCAAUCUGCUGCUUCCUGAUGGGGUACCGGCGGACCGACAGAGAGCCAAUUUCAUGGUGAAGAUUUACAAGGCAGAGGGCCUCCCCAAGAUGAACACAAGUGUGAUGGCGAGCGUGAAGAAAGCUCUCACAGGCGAGGGGAAGGACCUUGUAGAUCCUUAUGUACAAGUAUCCUUUGCUGGGCAUAAGGGCCGCACCAGUGUGAAGAAGGGAGCCUACGAGCCAGUAUGGAAUGAACAACUCGUGUUCUCGGAAAUGUUCCCCCCGCUGUGUCGUAGGAUCAAAAUACAGUUGCGGGACAGUCAUAAAGUUAAUGAUGACAUCAUAGGCACACACUACAUUGACCUUGCCAAAAUAGAAAAUGAAGGGGAAAAAGGUUUUGUGCCUACAUUUGGUCCCUCAUGGGUAAACCUGUAUGGGUCUACGCGAGACUACAGCCUACUUGACGAACACACACACUUAAAUGACGGGCUUGGGGAGGGCGUAUCGUACAGGGGGCGUGUUCUUGUUGCCAUACGGACGGACAUUCUCGAUAGCAUGGACAGUGGACCUGCAAAUGUGGACGUAGAACCCACUGCUCCUAUACCAGAGAAUGUCCUUGGUCGCUAUGAGGAAUACUUCCUAUUUGGUUGCUUUCUGGAGGCCUCCAUGAUUGAAAAGAAGAUUGGUGACAAACCGGUUCAUUUUGAAGUCAGUGUUGGCAAUGCGGGUAAUGCCAUGGAUGGCUACAAUCCUCCCACACGGCAGGUGUCCAGCAGUUCGGAUGAGUCGUCAGAGGAAGAAGAUGCUGAUGAUAAUACAGCAGAGGAAGUGCAGCAAGAAGCCCCAAAAUGGCAGAGCGUAACUCCACCAAUGAAACCAACAACUAAAGACAAAGUCUAUUACCACCUUCCAUACUAUGAGGAGAAACCAUGUAUCUAUUUACGAGAGAUGUUUGAAGAUCAUCGGAGAAGAAUGUAUAAUUCAAACAUACUUGAGAAGAUUGCUGAAAAAUUGGAGGAUGGAAUAGCAGAAGUUAAUGAGAUGAUCAACCAGGAGACGCCAUUCCCGGAGAAGCGUCUCCGCGGGGUUUUCGAGGAGCUAGGGGCCUCAUGUUCCAAGUUUGUCUCCCUAGUGAAGGGGACAGGUGGAGGGGCCUCCGCUGGGAAAACAAAGCUAGACAAAGAGAGACACAAACUGCUCGUCAGGGAACUGGAUCAAAUGUCUACCAUGUCUCGCACCAUGAAAGCCACAACAGCCAAAAGCAACCUGAAGGACAGACUAAGGACUGCCCACCAGUACUUGCAGAAGAUACGCUCACUGGUGCAAGAGCCUCAGCAUGCCCUCCCUGAUGUGUUCAUCUGGCUGAUCAGUGGGUCGAAGCGUAUAGCUUACCAGCGUCUGCCAGCACGCGACCUCAUAUACUCCAUCGUUGACGAAGAAUGUGGUCGUGACUGUGGCAAGGUCAAAACUCUGCUUCUUAAGCUCCCAGGAAAGAAGGCAUCCAGUCAGGCAGGCUGGUCAAUCCAGGCCAAACUACAGGUGUACCUCUGGCUGGGCCUCAGCAAGCACAAGAAGGACUUCUUGCAGGGCCUCCCACAUGGUUACCAAGAGUCGCGGGCCCUGAAACUCUCCUCCAAGCCGCAGUGUGUUCCCCCUAGCUUUAUACUUUAUACAGAGCGGCAGGUGUUCCAGUUACGAGCCCACAUGUACCAGGCGCGCAGUCUGAUUGGCUCAGAUGCCUCAGGACUCUCUGAUCCGUUCGCUCGGGUCGCCUUUAUAGACCAGUCUGUUUGCACACAGGUUAUCGAGGAAACAUUGAGCCCAACAUGGGACGAGAUGUUGAUUAUCAAUGAAGGGACCAUGUACGGUCUCAUGCAGGAGAUAGCCAAUACCCCACCAACCAUCGUUGUGGAAAUCUUUGACCAGGAUAAAGUGGGCAAGUCAGAGUUUAUUGGCCGAGCUCUAUGCAAACCAGUGGUCAAGCUCAGCACAGAGAAAUAUAAUGGUCCUAAGUUUCCGCCAUUGCUGGAAUGGUGGGAUAUUUUCCGCGGGCCGGACCGUGCAGGCGAGCUGUUGGCUGCGUUUGAGUUACUGCAGUUUCCAUUUGAUGAAGACGAACUUAAACUGGCCAAUCGUACCCCUCCAUAUGCAAGAAAAACCAUCCGGCUUGCUCCAUUUGGUGACAUGACGGGGCAGGAUUUACCACCCCUGGAGUUGCCGGCAGAGACAGACCGCCAGGACCGAGGACCAAUCAUGCCUGUUCCCAAGGGAGUAAGGCCUGUUCUCAGCACACACAGGAUUGAGAUCCUAUUCUGGGGUGUGCGAGACCUGAAGCGUGUUCAGCUGACAUCUGUGGACAAGCCGCGUAUAGAUGUGGAAUGUGCCGGCCAUGUACUGCAGUCUGCCUGCAUACUUCACUGCAAGAAAAAUCCAAACUUCAGUGUACCUGUCAAGUACUUUGAUGUGGAACUGCCGGAGAAUGAGCUCUACUGCCCUCCAAUUACAAUCCGUUGCGUGGACUGUCGUAACUUCGGGCGCUACGUGCUUGUGGGCACCCAUGUUAUUAACUCCAUUCACAAGUUCAUGUACAUACCAACCACCAAGAAGGCUAAACUGGCUCUACGGAAACUUUUCCCAGGAAAGAAGCCAGGUGCAACCCAUGUGAUUCAGACAGGACCAAUGUCAGAGAAGAUGUCUGAUGUGGCUAUCAACAUGGGCGAGAACUCCUGUCUCAUAAAGAAGGAGACACAGAUUACUAUUGACCAUGGUGUGUCCCAGAAAGAGCUCAAAACAGAGGAAAACAAUCGUCGGCGGCGGCGAUCAACCAUUGAUGACGAAGACCCAGAUGAGGAAACAAUGGACUGGUGGAGCAAGUACUUCGUUUCCAUGGAAACACUCAUUAUGGAACCCGAAGAUCCCUCUGAUCAGGAACAUGAUGCUAAGCGCAGUGAAAACUUUGGUGACCCACUUGAUUUUGACAACCAGAUAGCAACCUUGACCUCCAAUCAGAAGCAAGGUCAGAAAGGUCAUGUGACCUAUGGCUCGGUAUCCAAUAGUGACUCUAAGACUCAGUCGCCUGAAGAUCCAGACUUUAACCCAAAGGAAGCAAAAAAGAUGGAGGAGGAGAUUCGGAAGAUGGAGAAACGUAACGAGAAACAAAAGUUCAAGAAUACCGCCAAGGCAAUAGGGCUUGCCACCAAACUCUCACCCAAGUCCCAGAGGAAAAAAGACAAGCUUAUCAACUCCACUGCACAGCUUAAGACUUCAGUGGCUGGACACAUAAACAAGGCCUUCACCUUCAUGACUGGAGAUGCUGAUGAAAUGGAACGAAGACGCAUAGAGUGUAUCACCGGAUUGAAGAUUUACCCAAAUGAGCUUGAAAGUCAGACAGAGUUCAACAGUUUCAAGGACUGGCUUCACACGUUCGAGUUGUAUCGAGGCAAGAACAUGGGUAAUGAAGUAACGGAUGAGGGCAGGAUUGUUGGAAAAUUCAAGGGUUCCUUGAAAAUCUACAAGAUUCCUCUACCAGCUGACAUAGAGGACAAGACUAUAACAGGAGGAGACCCACAGUUUGGCCUCUUCCAGGGCCUCCCAGGAAAUGAACCAAUCAAAGUCCUUGUUAGAGUAUAUGUGGUUAAGGGCAAUGAUCUUCACCCUGCGGACAUGAAUGGAAAGGCCGACCCCUACCUCGUCAUCCGACUUGGUAACACCACAAUCAACGACAAGGACAGCUACAUCUCCAAACAGCUCAACCCAGUCUUUGGAAAGUGUUUUGAGAUUGAGGCUACAUUCCCCAUGGAAUCGUUGUUGUCGGUCCAGGUUUACGACUGGGAUCUUGUAGGAAUGGACGAUUUAAUCGGCGAGACAAAAGUCGACCUUGAGAAUAGAUAUUACAGCCGUCACAGGGCUACAUGCGGUGUUGGCAAGAAGUUUGAUACUUUGGGGUACAAUGCAUGGAGGGACCCGAUGAAACCGACCCAGAUUCUGUCCCGGCUGUGUAAGGAGGGGAAGGUGGACGGCCCGCAUUACCAGCCUGGCAAGGUCCGUGUGGCAAACCGCAUCUUCACAGCUCCCAUCGAUGAACUGGAUGAUGAAGAUACUCAACAUAAGUCAAUGGAGGAGCACCUGGCACUGGCCGUCCUCAAUCACUGGGAAGAGAUCCCCAAGGUUGGGUGUAAACUGGUCCCUGAGCACAUCGAGACACGUCCACUAUACAACCCAGAAAAACCCGGCAUCGAACAGGGUAAGUUAGAGAUGUGGGUGGACAUGUUUCCAAUGGAUAUGCCAGCCCCACCCCCUGCUGUCGACAUCAGCCCCAGGAAACCCAAGAGUUACGAGUUACGCUGCAUCAUCUGGAACACAGACGAUGUUGUCCUUGAGGACGAUGCCUUCUUCACUGGGGAGAAAAUGUCUGACAUCUACGUGAAGGGGUGGAUUAAGGGGCAGGAAGACAUGCAGUCCACGGACAUACAUUACAGGUCUCUGACAGGUGAGGGCAACUUUAACUGGCGGUUUAUUUUCCCGUUCGACUACCUGGUUGCAGAGGAGAAAAUUGUGAUCUCGCGUAAGGAGACGCUGUUCUCCUGGGACGAGACGGAGACAAAGAUUCCUGCCCGCCUCAACCUCCAGGUCUGGGACGCGGACCACUUUUCUGCAGACGACUUCCUCGGGGCCCUUACCCUUGACCUGAAUCGGUUCCCAAGGGGAGCUAAAUCCUCGAAGCUAUGCACAUUGAACAUGUUGAAGAAUGAUGGCAGUGUGCCACAGAUGUCCCUGUUCAAACAGAAGAGGGUGAAGGGCUGGUGGCCAUUUGCUGUCAAGAAUGAACAGACGGAUGAACUCGAACUCACUGGGAAGGUUGAGGCUGAACUCCACCUGUAUUCAGCAGAAGAGGCAGAAAAACACCCAGCGGGUCAGGGCAGGAAUGAGCCUGACCCACUGGAAAAGCCCAAUCGUCCUGAUUCGUCAUUUAUGUGGUUCCUGAACCCGCUGAAAUCUCUCCGCUACAUUCUCUGGUACAACUACAAGUGGAUGAUCAUCAAGGUAUUGGUUGUCAUCCUCCUCGCCGCCAUUCUUGUCCUGUUCUUCUACUCCAUGCCGGGAUAUUCUGCUAAAAAACUCAUGGGUGUGUAGGUGGGCUCCAUGCCGGCAUAUUCCGCUAAGAAACUCAUGGGUGUGUAGGUGGGCUCCAUGCCGGCAUAUUCCGCUAAGAAACUCAUGGGUGUGUAGGUGGGCUCCAUGCCGGCAUAUUCCGCUAGGAAACUCUUGGGUCGGCAGUUGGAAUCAAUGCCUAAAAAACUCAUGGGCAUGCAAUAGAGACAACUUAGUACUAUAAAUUGAGUUGUGUGGAGGUGUAAUAUUCACCGUGUGAUAUACUCAAUUUGUAAUUUUCCUCCUCACAGCUGGAACCCUAAAAAGGAACUUUAAUGUGAACAACCCCACAUUGUAGAACUGAAACUUCUUGUGCAAUUGAAUAAUACUCAUCCAAAUUUUGUUUUUGUUUUGCCUGGAUGCUCUGCAAACUCAUUGCUGGGCAAACUUGGCAUCCGAAAUGCUAUUGUGCAAUUGAGGAAUACUUGUGUACAUUUUUUCAUCUUUUUGCCUAAUUAUAACACACUGUCUGUUCCAUGGAUGGAUACUCAUAUACAUCUGAAAGUCUGUUCUAUGGGAUAUUCAUUUGUGAGAGUCCUAACACUGUCUGUUCUAUGAAGUGAUAUUCAGAGUCUGAAAGCUGUCUGUUCCAUGGAUGGAUGCUGAUUCAUAUCUGAAAGUCUGAACACUGUCUGUUCCAUGUAGGGAUAAUUAUUUAUGUUAGAUUGUCUGAAAACUGUCAAACACUCAUUUGAAUAUAGUUGGCAAUCUGCAAAGAACUUGUUUUGUGUUUGUUAUAGCUAAUCCACAUGGACAUGUGUUCCAUCUCAGAGGGUAAAAAGAAGCAUCCACUUUUUUCAGAUAUAUAAGGAGCAGUGUUGCUUCAUAAAUGCUUUGGCAAUGUUGAUAAUAUUUUUAUCAUCAUGAGAUUCUGUAAUUGUAUAGUUAAUUCAUCCCAUUCAUGUUGUGUAUAUUAGUAGAACUAGCUCUAGUGUUUAGAUCAUAUGAGUAUACAUUACCUCGAUCAUAUGCAAGUUGCUUCAUUCCCAAACUUCACAUCCAUGACAAAAUUAUUAUUGUUCACUUCCUGGGCAUAUGUUUGUUGUUUUGGCAGAACAAGAUAAAGCAAGAGUGAAGUGCUUCAUAGACAUAUAUGCCUAUGAGCCUAUGACUGUUUUUUUUUACUAUAACCAAAAUAUUGUUGUUUAUCUUUUUCUAAACAUAUACGGCGUUAGCAGAUGUUUAGUAGUUUACAAAGUUGUGUCCCUGUUUGAUUACAUAGAUGCAAUGUUUUGAAUAUUGUUAAACAUUUGAAAUUUAUUGUUUAAAUUUUUGAAUUCUCUAUAUGUAUUCAUCCUAGGCAAUGUAAUUUCUCGGUGUAUUCUCUAAUUGUUGCAUUUUUUGUAUGUUGAAUUGUUAAAUCAUUCUGUGAUUGCUAAUGGUUAUUAUUUGGAUCAAACGUAAAAUGUUUUAAAUGUAUGUAUUUAAAUUAAAAGUUAAAGGUACUCGCUCAUUUUUUUUGUAAAAUGCAUUUUUUUUGUAUGAUGAUAUGAAAGUGCUAGGAGUGUUAAAUCUAAAGUUGGAACCCUUCUGGAAAUGUUGAUAUUUGCUCAAAUAUCCUCUUCGAAGACCACAAUUUUCAUUAAUGUAAACAACGCUAGUAAUCACUUAAUUACAGCUUUAUUGUUGCGUGAUUGGUUGAUUGACUUUAUCACAUGCUGUUAUCAAUGUAUUGUUAAGAGGUCAAAAUAUCUACCACUUUUGUAAAAGUCCUGGUGGCCUUGUGGUUUAGGCAUCAGUUUUUUUCUAAUAUUUCCUUGACUUGACUAGCCAGGUUUUUUUUAUACUUUGGCUGUAUGUUUUUGCAAUUUUGAUACCAUAGAGUAAAAUAAUGAUAAAAUAAGUGUUUUCAGAUGAAUAACCAGGGAUACUUAUUUUUGGUAAAAAAACAUGAGCGAGUUCCUUUUUAAGGUAAUGAUAUUUUGAAACUAUUACACAUGAAAUACUCUCUAUGUAAUAUAGUAGCCUGCCUUAGAACUGUUUAAUGUUUAUGUUUGAACUGUUACUUGGCCAAUUGGUCAGAAUUUUGUUAAUGUCAUCAUUGUUAACUUUCAAAUUAAUUUUAUUAUUAUUAAUUAAUUAAAUUUCUUGCUCUGUAAGUUUAAUGGAUACACUUGAGAUCUGCUGUGUUCCUAACAAGAUUUGAGACAACUGUUUCAGCAGUACUUGUUUCUUUUGAACAUGUCAGCAAAUGAUUAAAUAUUUUACAUUUAAAAGUUAACAACCCUGUUGUUAUUCAUGUUGUUAACUUAAACAUAGUUAUGAACAAGCGGCUCAUUUGUUUACUGACUUUUCAAUGUUGGUAUGGUUAUCUUUAAAACCAUCAAUAUACAGCUUUGAGAAAUCACUUUUAGUCUGUCUUUACACUUACACAGAACUUAUCCAACUUAUUUCAAAUGUACCUGGUGUACAUGAACAGUAGUAUCAUUGUUCAGUUUACUUUUCUUUUAGUUGGAUCAUACAGCCAUGAUUAUGAUGUAUUUAAGCAAAAUGUUUUGGCUAAGUGUUUGUAUAGUCUACUUUUGAGCUCUAUGUUCCAGUAUCAGACUAUAUUUGUUUGAUACUAUUUGUGCAAUACUUGGUGUUCUGUUUGGAGGACUGAUAUUGUAAAAACAUGCAGGACAUGUCAUAGCUGCAAUUUUAAACAUAGCCACAUUUUUAAUAUAUACAUGGAUUUUGCAUUUCGGUUAAGAAAUUAAGAUAAUGGAUCUUUUUAGCUUGUCUGUUUUCAAAAAAAGAGUAGAGAUAUUGGCAUUGCCUUGGUGUGUUUAUUGUCACUGGCGUCAGUGGCAUCAUUGUCAGUGGGCAAAAUGUUUCCAGGGACAAAAAGCACAUUUAUAGCAAAGCCCUUAACUCUGGAUUUAAUGAUUGUUGAGUUAUUUCCUUUGUUUGACUUGAAAAGAACAAUAGACCAGCACUGGUAUUUGCUCAUAAGACCUCUUGUGUGUUGUAGCAGGGUCACAUGCACUUUUAGUAACAGUCACAUAUAUUGCAUAAAUUUAUGUCCACAUUUGAAUUGACACUUGAUUGAUCAUACAACAUAUAACACAUUAAUAUUAUGUCCCUAGUGAUUCUGCUCUGUGCUCUUUACCGAGGCUGAACUUAAACAAAACUGGUUUUUGGUCAAUGAAAUGCCAUAAUGGGUUAAGGAUGAAAUGCUGUUAGUAAAAAAAACUUCGGUUGCAGUAAAAUUCACAAUAAAAUUAAGCCUACAUAUAAAGGGUGUAAAGUCAGUCUUUCCUAAGUUACAGUCAUGCAUAGAAAAUAUUGAUAUAGUAGUGAAAAAUAUCAUUGAAGUAUUAGUUGUUUUUUCUCACUUAUAUGUUUGUUUGCAAUAAAACAUUCCAUCA